AUGUUACACCAUCUUUGGAAAUACACCUACAACACUAGCAAAGCUCUACCCCUAGAAUAAAUAACGAGAUGGGGACUGCACAAUACCACAGUUGUUAGAAAUGCCAGUACUCCUGAAUUGUAUGAAAUUGCUGCUAUGGAUCCACUUUCACCAGACCCAGAGACUAGACAAGGAUCAAUUUCAAGCACUGGAGCAAUGGUGGCAUAUUCAGGAAGAAGAACAGGUCGAUCACCAAAGGACAAGAGAAUAGUCUUUGAUGAAGUAACUGAGUAAGAAAUUUGGUGGGGAGAUGUUAAUAUUCCAAUUCCAAAGAAAUCUCACAAUUUAUUGGAAUAAAUUGCCCUUUAGUUCCUGAACACAAGACCUAGAUUAUUUGUGGUUGAUGGAUAUGCAGGAUGGGAUCCUCAUAGUCGUCUUAGAAUUCGAGUUUUUUGUACUAGAGCUUAUCAUGCAUUAUUUAUGUAAAAUAUGCUCAUAAUUCCAACAACUGAAGAAUUGAAGAGAGAUUUCAGUGACGAUGUUGAUUUUCACAUUUUCAAUGCUGGUCCAAUGUCAGCACCAAAAUUAGUUUAAGGUGUAGGUUCAGAGACUUGUGUUUCUGUCAAUCUCACAGACAAAAAGAUGGUCAUUAUGGGAACUUAAUACGCAGGAGAAAUGAAGAAGGGAGUAUUUGGAGUUACCCAUUAUAUGCUGCCUAAAUAAGGAAUCCUCACUCUUCAUAGCUCUGCCAAUGAGGGUAUGAAUGGAGAUGUAACAUUAUUAUUUGGAUUGAGUGGAACUGGUAAAACUACUCUAAGUGCAGAUCCUAAAAGAAAAUUGAUUGGAGAUGAUGAGCACGGAUGGUCUGAUCAAGGUAUUUUCAAUAUUGAAGGUGGAUGUUAUGCUAAAUGUGUAGAUUUGAGUUAGGAAAAGGAACCUGAAAUUUUUAAUGCUGUUAAGUUUGGAGCGGUUUUAGAAAAUGUGGAAUUUAUUAAUAAAGAAUCUAGAGUAGUCGAUUAUCAUAACAUUUCCAUUACUGAAAAUACCAGAGUCUCCUACCCUUUAGACUUUAUUCCCGGAGCCAAAAAUCCUGCUGUUGGUAGUCACCCCAAGAAUAUCUUUUUCCUUACCUGUGAUGCUUAUGGUGUUUUACCACCUGUAUCCUUAUUGACUCCUGAAUAGGCCAUGUAUCAUUUCAUUUCAGGAUACACAGCAAAGGUUGCUGGUACUGAAAUGGGAGUCAAGGAACCAGUUGCAACUUUUUCAGCAUGUUUUGGUGAAGCCUUCUUACCAUUACAUCCAACUGUUUAUGCCACUAUGUUAGCUGCAAAAAUGAAAGAACAUGGAACCAAAUGUUGGUUAAUCAAUACUGGAUGGUCAGGUGGAAAAUAUGGUAUUGGAAAAAGAAUGUCUCUCAAAAACACAAGAGCUAUUAUUGAUGCUAUUCAUAGUGGAGAAUUAGCCAAUGCAGAAUUUGAAAAUUUUGAGGUCUUCAAUCUCCAAAUUCCAAAGAGAGCUACUGGAGUGCCAGAUUAAAUUCUCCAUCCAAAAAAUACUUGGAUAAACAAAAGUGAAUUUGACAGAACAUUAUAAAAUCUAGGGGAAAAGUUCAAGAAGAAUUUUUAAAAGUAUCAAAGCAAAGCUUCUCAAGAAGUUAUAAAUGCUGGACCAAAAAUCUGAGUAAAUGUUAAAAAGAUUUAUUAAAAUAUAUUAAUUUCUUCA